AUGUACAAGUUUUCUUUUCUAUUAUUGAUUAGCAGUUUAUGGUGUUUAGCAAUUAUUGAUGGCAAACGAAGAGCUACAGCUCAAUCACAACAUAAUUUGGGUGAUUUUUGUAUGCCAGGUACAUGUGCUAGUUUAAAUUCUAAUUGUAAACGUAUUGGUGGAAAUGCUUUUCGAUGUGUUUGUAAAGAACAAUAUAUGGCUAUAAAUAAAACUCAUUGUGUAAGAGUAAUCAAUGCAUCAGUUGAUGAUGCGUGUGCAUCAUGCAUUAAACGUAAUGGUAUUUGUUUGGAUGAAAAUUCUGAUGAUUAUAUGGAUAAAUGUUUUUGUCCGACUGAAAAUGAUUUAUGUCAUGAUCGAACAACAACAUAUUUUCUACCAGCUACACAACCUUUAAGAAAAAGUAUACUGGGUGUAACAUCAUUAUCAACUAGUCGAGUUGUUAAUCAAGGUGAUCUUAUACUUGGUUUAUAUGAUGUAAAUCAACAACGAUUAAUUGAUAAUGGUGGUUCAGUUUUUAUUGGUGAUCGUUUAUUUGUUGAAAUAAAAUAUCGAACAAAUACUCAUAAUCCUGAUCGUCAUCAAAUAAUUGCAGAAAAUUGUUCAAUUGCUUCAAGUGUUUCUGAUAAUGAUAUCAAAUUAGAAAAAAUUCAAUUAUUAACUAAUCGUUGUCCAUCAAUUGAUUCACGUUUAUCAAUACGUUUUCAACGUAUUGAUCCAUAUCAUAUAAAAAGUACUAUUUUUCAAAUACAUAAAUUUCAAACAACAUCUAUUGUUUAUUUACGAUGUUCAAUUGCAAUUUGUUUUGGUCGAAUAGAAAAUUGUCAAGAACGUUUAUGUCCGGAAAUUCGACGAUCAUCAUCACAUCGAAUAAAUAAUUCAUCAUCGAUCGAUUCAGCUCCAUUUGAUUAUGUUGAUGAAGAUAGUGCUAGUGUUGUUGCAUUAAAACGACGACAAACUUUUGAAAAUGAUGAUGAACAACAAAGAAAAGUUUCAAGAUUAAUAACUGAUUUAACAAGAUCAUUUGAAUCCAAUAAUGAUCUUUAUGAAAUAAGACAAAUACAACAACAAUUUACUAUUGAAAUGCCAUUAGCACAAUCAGCACAUAAACGUAAAUUACCUUACGAAGCACUUUAUGGUCGCACAUCAUUAGCAACACAAGGUGCUGUUGAACGAUCAACUAUAAUUGCUGCUAUAUCGAUUAUAUUUAUUAUUGGUAUAUCAGUUUCAUUAUUUAUUAUUUAUCGAACAUGUUAUGUUGAAUAUGUUCAACGAAUCUAUGGUGCAACAUCGUUUGCUGGCUUUGUUAAUAGUCCGGAAUCAAUUUAUGGAGGAUUAAGAAGUACAUCACAAGUUUGUCGUUAUGAUAUGGGACGUCGAUCAGAACAACGUUUUGAUGAAAGUUUUUUUGUUAAUAAUGUUGAACCAUUAGGAGCUUAUCGAAGACAAUAUUAA